CAUAUUUUUUAAUGCUAAUUCAAAUAUUCUUUUAAUAUAUUUUUUUCAAUCUAUUAUAACGUGUCUCAAUAACGGACCGAAUCCCCCAGCCUAUUUAUUUAUCAGUUGCUUAAUUAUGUCCGUUUUUGAUUCGCAGAAUUAUCCUUUAAUAGACCAUUGUUAUGACGUGGUGAUAAUAGGAGCAGGAGGUGCAGGAUUAAGGGCGGCUUUCGGUCUCGGCAAGAAAGGGUACCGCGUGGCGGUGGUGUCGAAACUCUUUCCAACCAGAUCGCAUACUGUAGCCGCUCAGGGUGGUAUAAAUGCCGCUUUCCCCGACAAAAAGGAAGACAAUUGGUUAUAUCACAUGUACGAUACUGUGAAAGGAUCCGACUGGUUGGGUGACCAGGAUGCCAUACAUUUGCUCGCGAGAGAGGCGCCGCGAGCGGUAUACGAACUCGAAAAUUAUGGCUGCCCAUUCAGUCGUACAGAAGAUGGGAAGAUCUAUCAGCGUGCUUUCGGUGGCCAAUCCUUAAAAUUCGGCACAGGCGGUCAGGCUAGGCGAACUUGCGCCGUCGCCGAUCGAACUGGCCAUGCAAUGCUUUAUACUCUUUACGGUCAAAGUCUUCGCUACGAAGUACAUUACUACAUCGAAUAUUUCGCUCUCGAUCUGCUCAUGCACGGCCGAUGCUGCAAAGGAGUUCUCGCCUGGGAAUUGGAGACCGGACUUCUGCACCGAUUCAGGGGUCAUCAUACGGUGAUUGCAACAGGUGGUGCAGAAAGAUGUUACCUCUCUUGCACAGCGGCGCACGCCUGCACCGGUGAUGGGAUGGCAAUGGCGUGUCGAGCAGGAUUGCCGCUGCAGGACAUGGAAUUUAUUCAGUUUCAUCCAACUGGCAUUUAUAGCAGCGGCAUACUCAUAACCGAGGGCGCCCGGGGAGAAGGUGGCAAACUCUUAAAUUCCAAGGGAGAGUUCUUUAUGGAAAAGUACGCACCUGUGGCUAAGGAUUUAGCCUCCCGCGACGUCGUGUCGAGAGCUAUGACUGUCGAAAUACUAGAAGGAAGGUAUGACAUUGGCGAGGAGUCACUUUGCCGUUUCGACGCGACUCGUUAUGCUAAAGGCUGCGUUCCCGUCGCCGAGCUACGCAAUGAAAUGCAACGUACGAUGCAGAAAUAUUGCGGCGUGUUCAGAACUUGCGACAUUCUGCAGCGUGCAUGCAGGGAAAUAUCUCGUCUCUACACCUGCGAUCUGCCAGAUUUAUGCGUGCAAGAUCAGUCCCUCAUUUGGAACACCGAGCUCACCGAGGCCUUGGAGCUGCAAAACAUGAUGCUCGUUUGCAUGCAUAUCGUAUAUGCGGCCGAAAAUCGAAAGGAGUCGAGGGGCUCACACGCCAGGGACGAUUAUAAGGACAGAAUCGAUGAGUAUGACUAUGCAAAACCGCUUGAGGGACAAAAGAAACGACCUUACUCGGAACACUGGCGUAAACAUACGCUUACAUGGGCUCAGAAUAAUGGACUAAUUUUCAUCUCUUAUCGGCCUGUUAUUGAUACGACUCUAGACGAAAGUGAGGCUCAGCAUGUUCCGCCUGCAAUUCGUGCGUACUGACCCCAGAAAUCGUUAUCAAUCGGAUAAUUGAAAUGUAAUGGAAGCGAAGCGAUUAUGAAUCUAAGUCGACUCUAUCGUUAAUCCUAUGUUUGAAGUCGGGUGUACGAAAUUCAGGAUUCGUAUCAUUAGAAAUCGAAGAAAUCACAAAACGAGAAACACAAAAAAAUUUCGUUCUUAAAUGUCACCUCUAAAUGUUAAUUGUAAAUGUUCUCUUCUUAUACGUUGCGCGAAUGCAUUUUGCAUUUGUCGGUGACGUAGCGUGCGCUGUGCGUCAAUUGCAGUUCACUGCCAUAAAUAAUUGAUGUUCGCAAUUUGCAAUGAAGAAAGCAAGUUGGAAGUGGCGUUGUACUUCUUAAGAAAGAUUCAGAAAAAUAUUCGGAAGAAUGUCGCCGAAUGCUGAGAUAUGUUGUGCAAGAAUAAUGACGAAACUCUUCGUAAUCGAUUCUUCUUUUAUUUUUAUAUACGAAACAGACAUUGAUCGCGAUUCAAUGUGUUUUAGUCGAGUCACUGCAUAUUCGCGACAUAGUUUUGUAAGAGAUAAAUCGUUAAUUAUACCUUCAUUGAUAGCGCAAUUACAACAUCGCGCUGAUAAAUACUCAAUUAUUUUUUUAUAUAUGGACAUACGUUCCUGCAAAUAAAUGUUUUAUUUUAUUGAAUAUGCA